AUGAUGGACAAUCGAAGCUACUCUAAUCUGCCAGAAAAACUGCCUGUCUUCUCUGAUUCUGGCCACUUGCCGCUGACCAGGUCCUUCUACCUGGACCCCUUGGUCACUUUCCACCUAUAUCCUGAUGCCCCGGUACCGUCUCCCUUCUCUGAAGACCUGCCAUUACUGCCUUUUCCCAGUGAUUCCCUGAUCAUGGAAAAUUAUGGUGAACCCUGCUCCUUCUCCUUCCCCAUGCCUUAUCCAAAUUAUAGAAGGUGUGAAUACGCCUAUGGGCCGGCCUUCAUCCGGAAAAGGAAUGAGCGGGAAAGGCAGAGGGUAAAGUGUGUCAAUGAAGGCUAUGCCCAACUCCGACAUCAUCUGCCAGAAGAGUACUUGGAGAAACGACUCAGCAAAGUGGAAACCCUCAGAGCUGCUAUCAAGUACAUUAAUUACCUGCAGUCUCUUCUGUACCCUGAUAAGGCUGAGACCAAGAAUAACCCCGAGAAAGUUUCCUCCCUAAUGGCAACCACCAACUGCCACAGUGACCCCAUUUUUAGAAUGAUUUGA